AUGGAGUUCUUGCAGCCAGGUUCGAGAGGUGCGACUCGCCUCAACAUACACGGCAUCCACUCUCGUGAUGUGGCAGACGGUACUGCAGCGCGCGUCAGCUCACAGCAUUGGUCGUUCCCCACUCAUGAGAAUCAUUCUCCUCCCAGAUUCUCGCUGUUACGUGUAACAACCCAGCUAGGCACAUCGACAUGUGCUCAACUCACACCUCCAACAAUGCCACCAGCAGCAGCACGUGAUCUCAGUCUCUAUCCUGGCACGAGUGCGGAAGCUGGCUCUUCGGUCGACGCCGACAUAGUCACAGCUCAGAACUUUCUGCGCCAGUACUAUCCCGACAUUGACAUUCCGCAACAUCUUCUGUCCCAGGUCAUCCAUGACAAUGCAACGAUUCUCGAAGAGACUGGCCACGAACUCGACGGCUCUCUGGGUAUCGCCGACGCGCAAGCCGUCGCGCUUCUCGGCCCAAUCAUCUCCGAGCAGCAUCGUACCUAUGCGAUUGCAUGUAUAGGAGGCCACAACCGCGACUGUCUCUUGCUUCACCAGCUUGAGGUUCGUAUCAGCGAACAAGAGACUUCUCCACCGUCGGCACAACCUCAGACGGAAUCGACCCAAGCAAAGGGCAAAUCAAGAGCCAGUGAUUCCAACAGGCUGCUCUUCUUUCCAGCACAGCGACCAGAGCAAAAGCACCGGACACCCAUUCUGCAGAUAGUUGCUUAUGCGGACAAAAACCUUGUCGCUGUGCGAACGCACACCAGCACAAGCCUAUUAAUGCUCCGCAGCCGCCACGGAUGCAACGGAUCUGAUGGCACUUCCCACCUUUAUCUUGAGAGACUCCACCAAACGUCAUACGCCACGGACGGUAGUGCUCAGCACCAAGACCUCUGCUUCCACCGCACGGAUCCCACUCUGGCAGCAGCUGUUGACCGGCAUGGCAACAUCGAUCUUUACCGUAUCGACCUGAACAGACAAAAAGGCAAGCAGCCAGACCCGGACUUGGAUCAGAUCGCCCUAGACGUGCCGCCAGCCAAUUCACCUGCAUCAAAGGUGAAAAAGAAACAGAAUUUCUUUUCAGCAUCUCUCACGCCUGCAUCAGCGCCAUCGUCAUCGUCAGCGCCAGUCUCGGUCUCAGUACAUCGUGUUUCAGCCGAACUCCUGGCACGCGCCAUCGCCAUCGCCGACAAUACAACCGAAAACCAAAACGAUGGGAACGAUGAGAACAAUGCGAACCCUGUCACCGACUCUGCAGUCGAGCUGCGGGUCUGCGGCCAAACGCCAUUUCGCCUCGUUUUCGGUGGCGACGAUUCUAGCCUCGUUCUCUUGUCUCGUCAUGCUCUGCGCCAUAUACGGCUGGGCAACUCUGAUCCUGGGUCGGGGAGCGCGACAUUACCGCAGGUUCACACCUUUCUGCGGUCUAGCUUUUGCCUGUCUUCCAGCAAGCGCGCAAAGUUCUGUUCUAUGGCAAGGACCGACACAGGCUCAAAACAUCAACUUUUGGCCGUAUGUUCUUCGGAUACCAUCUUUUGGUUCGAUCUGCAAGCGUCGCUUCGUCCGCUCUUCUCCACCGAACAUCAUCGAGGAGACGAUCCCACCCUCUCGCUCACCGUGCUGCCAGAAACGGAUAAAGGAACCAUCAUGGUCGCAUUGUCUUCGCGGCGCAAUCAUGUAGUGUCGUGCUAUGUCGUCAGGGCGCACCUACAGGAAGGACAGGCCGACGAUCUGUUGCAGAUGGACUCGGCCGCCAGCAGUGUCCCCGUUCGUUGGAGGUAUACCCUUGACAGUGCACCUGUCCUCCUUCCCUCAUUUCCUUGCUCUGCUCAGGAUCAAGAGAGACCAGCAGCCUCUUUGUUGUACACUCAUGCGGCCAAAGUCUUGCAGGGAGAGAAUGGGUCACAAUGGCUCGCUUUUGGACUCAGUCAACGUGGCGCGUUGCAGAUUCAGAAGCUCGCAAUGACAUCAGAUGCACCUUCAGAAACAUCAGAAUCUUGCCACGCCGAGCUUGAGCUCGAAGUGGAGGUCUUGCCACCUUCUUUGGACACGCAUCUAUACGUAGAUGAUACCACCGACAUGUCGUCAAGGCAAGGUAGCAUCGACGCAUUGAGUUCUGUCAAGACAAAGAUCCUCGAUCAUCGAGAGCUAUACCGCAGUCUGUUCGGUCAUAAUCGUGAUAAGAAUGCCGAAAAGCGUUGCAUUGAUGCUGUUGGUGACAUUGAACACGCCGCCGCUCGCCUCGUCGACUCGCACUCCAUCCCUGGCAAUCGUCAGGGAUCGGUUCGCGCAGCCACGCUAUCGCUGAAUCAAAUGUUGCGACACCUGUACAACGCUACUGGUUCCAACGGUUCAAGCUCCGAGAGGCGCACCAGAGACUCGGAGCGACCGUGGUCUACCAUAUGGAAGCUAGGAGAAGACGAAGAAGUGAAGCGAAAAGGUAUCAAAGCUUUGCUCGAAUCGAGAAGUGACUUGCGGCGCGCACACUCAUCGCUCACACUAUGGUCAGCUCAAGCACCGUGGUCGCGUGCGGCUGCAUUGCUUUUAGAACAUGGUCGCGAUGGUGCGCUUGAACAAAACGGGCUUCUGGACCACCCCUGCUCACCUCAGGGCGAUUUGCUCGAACGCGCUCUGGACCGAAGCGAGAGCCAAGUCCAAGACGACGUGGCCGUGUACCUUGCAUCGAAGGAGUCGGUGCAGCGCUGGAGCGCAAACGCGCGGCACAUGGUGCAAGAAUCGAUAAAAAAGGCUGCUCAAGAAAUGUCGCUGGAUCUGGCACUCGAGACCGAAGUGUUUGUGCGGCCGCAGGCUCGAAUUCUGGACGAAGGCGCUCCUACACAGAGGCCACAGCAGCGACAAGGUACUAAUUGGACAGCCUUUGAGCAUCGCGGUAACUACAAGUUUGUCGAAGAACAGGGCGACACAAUUCCGCCGCCGCACAUCGGCAGUGUUGGGCUUGCGUUUUUUGCGCCGCUUCGCAGUGGUGAUAUCGAGGCUGCGUCAAGAGGCUAUAGUCAAGAGCACGGCGCAGAUACACGUUUGAAUGAGGCAGAGCUGGAAGCGCUUUUGCCAAGCACGUCGUCCACUGCCCGUUUGCUCUUGGCCGAGUGGCAACUUGGAGAAGAUCCGGACGAGUACAACUACGUCGAUCCGUUCCAAGGUCUGCACCGAUUGCCUCGCGCGAGUCGACUUGGGGGACCUACGGCGCGCGCACGAUCGCGAUCCUUCUCGCGCGCAUCGAGUGCUUCUACCGAGGAUCGAUCGAGAAGCCGCAGUCGCAGUCGCAGUCGAAAACAGUCGGCCGCUCCGUCGCUCUCGCAAUCUGGCGUGUAUGGCUCGCAGGGUGCUCUAUCGACGUAUCCGGCGUCGUUCGAGUCGCACAGUCAGCCAGCCAGCAUAGCAGCUUCGCCUGCACCGCCAACGCUUGCUUGGCGACGCAAGCGCCAAGACAACCUACCUGUCUCGCAUUCCCCGCACAUCCGCGCGCCGUACGACCCAUCACGAUCUUUCACCUCUCCCUGGUCGUCAAGACCUGCGACAUCCGCAGCGGCGCACUCGCAACGCCCAAAUUCCGGUUUCGCUGCCAACUUGAACGAUAUGACACCUACAACCUCGCCCACGUCUUCGCAUAUAGCAACACCCACGCUCUCGCAAGUAGCUGCUUCUACCCAGAUCGAGCCGGGCCGUUUCGGUGCUCGGCCCGCCAAACCGCAUCGCCCACCAAAGAAGAAGAAGCGAGCCAGCGGUUUUUGA